GUUUGGGAGAGGGUGAAGAAUGAAGUAGGUUUUUCAAAUUAAUUAAUAAUAAGUGAGAAAACCCUUGGUUUGGUGGACUCAGAAAGAUGUCGUACUUGUUGCCUCACCUUCACUCAGGAUGGGCCGUCGAUCAAGCCAUUCUCGCUGAAGAGGAACGCCUUGUCAUUAUCCGCUUCGGCCAUGACUGGGACGAAACUUGUAUGCAGAUGGACGAGGUGCUGGCUUCAGUUGCAGAUACAUUAAAGAAUUUUGCUGUGAUAUACCUGGUGGACAUAACAGAGGUCCCUGAUUUUAACACGAUGUAUGAGUUGUACGAUCCAUCAACUAUCAUGUUCUUCUUCAGGAACAAGCACAUCAUGAUUGAUCUUGGCACAGGAAACAAUAACAAGAUCAACUGGGCACUCAAAGAUAAACAGGAGUUCAUUGAUAUUGUUGAGACAGUGUAUCGCGGUGCACGAAAGGGUCGUGGUCUAGUUAUUGCACCAAAAGAUUACUCUACCAAGUAUCGUUACUGAGUGUAUGUUGAUAUUGUAUUUUGUUUGUGGAAUAUGCUGCACUUUAUGACUGAACUGUAACAUACGGUUGCUAAGUGGUUUCCAUUAGACCGAUUCUGUUGCUUUCAAGAUCCAAGUGUACAAUAACUUUCCAUUGUUGCAAGUGGAAAGACUAAACUCUUUGUGAAACCAUGUUAUGAUCUAUCUAUUAUAUUGACCUUUCUGUAA